GGCGGCAUGAUUGGUUCCAUAGCAAGUUCCCCAGCGAAAACGAUAAUGGUAUCCGCGCUCUCGGGGCGGGAAAUAAGAGGAACCUGGCUCACAGCACUCUGUUCGUCUGCUCGAGUACCUGCUCUGUGUCUGAAAAGAACAUUUGCAAGUCAGGAAGCUCUUCCACUUGGCUGACGAAGCGAAGGAGUCUUGCAGGAACCUGGCCUUCAAUUUUCCAACAAUGCCGCCGCCCAUGGUCAGAAUUCACGGAGUGUUCGCGUGGCACGGUGCAUCCACCACGAAGAUGCAAGGAAGCAGUUGCCACUGACGAAUGCAAGGUGACUUCCUUUGCCGCAGAGCUACCCUCCUGGAAACCACCCAAUCUACCCGUUACAAGCCACUUCGUCCAUUACCACCAUAGAUUCUUCCUCCAUGUAUACUUCACCAGCUCUGCCAUGCAUGUCAAGGUUGAUCCAUGGUGUACAGCGGGACUGGUGGACAGCAGCAGCAGCCUUGACACCAGCAGCAGCAGCAGCAGCCUUGACACCAGCAGCAGCAGCAGCAAUCCCGCCCCUGCUAGUCCCAGAAACAGUAGUAGUGGUGGUCACAUGACUGCUGCUGAUCAGCCAUGCAGCUACAAUAUUUCAGAGGCCAAUGCAUUACCACUGCGGUGGAUAGUGAAUGCAACCACAGACAACCCUGUCUGUGCGUCGGGAAUUCUACGACCAAGACCAAGCACUGCUCAACUGAACUUAUAUAUUCUGCCGCACCAUAAUGCUUCCAAAUUGCUACGCAACUGGUCCAGCGUCACUGUCGCAGUUUAUGACGAUCCAGCAAAGUACCUGCGUCUGCCAGUACUUGCCUUCAGAAUCAUGAGUGGACCAAAAGGCGGCCAAACCCUCAGCCCAUCGUUCUCAUCUUGGCAAUUUUCUGGCUAUAGCAAGAUUUAUCUAACAGAAGGCGCAGAGAAAUGUGUCCAAUUUGUAUUAACUCCGACCGGUCUGGAGCCUUGCCAUAUUGCUAAGGAAAUGAUGUCACUCUACCGGGACAAUGUUCUCCUGGAUCGAGAGGGGGCUGACGUCAACAUAUCCAUGACCUCCUCAUCUGGCCAGUGUCUUCCGACCAAGAUCGGGGUUUGUUUUCUAUUGCCGCAGUCGAACAAGACCGAGGGCAACUACACCAUGGUUCUCUACGGUGGUAGCACGUGUACCGGACUACACUGUGAUAACAUCCUGCUGCAUCAGUUCUCAGUGAUAGUUAAACGUGCUCUUCUAAUGGCAGCAGCUACGACCACCUUGGCCACAACCUCAGGAAGGCAUCGGCCAUAUCACACUAACUCCUAUUCUCUUUCUGCAACGAACAUGAGCUUGACAACGAGCGUUGAGAUGCGGGAAACGUCCAUGCGCUUUUCUCUGCCUGGUUUGCUGUCAACCAACGACCGGGCUCCUGCGAAAAGCGCCGUGCCAGUCAGCAGCAGCACGAUGGCAUCACCAACCAAGCCGCUUUCAGAGUACACAAGAACUCCUCUGGCUCCAUCACUGCCACCAAGCUCAGAGUCACAGUGGAGUGUCCACCUUGUUGCUACGCUGUCAUCGACCAUGGGAGUUGCUUUGCUGUUGGGCCUGAUGAUUCUUUGCGCUCUAUAUCGAACACGAUGGCGCGUUCGUCCACCUUCAUCAUCUCUGCACAGGGCAAGGAAGGUCUACCUCAAGAAGACAUCCAUAUCCAGUACGGAGUCCGAAUAUGACCAAUGUCACUGUGCUGCGAGGUCAUUAGCAGGAUCUCGCUCCAUUCUCACCCCUGCCUCCAACUCAUCAUGCUAUGUCAACUGCCCUCUGGAGGGCCGUUCACAUUCUCUACCGGCUAUUCGCUCCGCUUUUAACAACAGUAUGUCCGCAGAGGGCGCAGAACACCCCUACACAGUGGAUCCAACUGAGUACAUCACUAUUGAUCUCGAGGCAGCCGCUGCAACCUGUGAGCUGAACAGCAGCUCCAAGGCUGAUCCUCAGUAUGCCAGCCUGACUGACCUAGUGGGCGAAAUCGGCCAGCAAGGACUGAAGACCCACGCAGACUCGGGAAAACAUGAUGGAAGCUGUCCGCCACACACUGGCAAAGCACUAACCCUACCAGCGACAGCAAUGGCAGCAGCGGCAACAACAGCAGCAGCAGCGGCGGCAAGGACCCAGCACAAUGAGGAUUACAUGUACAUGGCAACGGACGCUAUGCCGCGCUCGCACAUACUUGAGGCAGCCGCAAUGAGAACCAGCCGAGCUAGAUCUCUCUCUGGCAAGGCAGGACAGCCACCUCGAGGCAAUAUCAAGCAUGUCCGCUCCGAGCCAGGAAUCGGUACCGCGGCGAACAACAACACCCAGGCCAACACCAAGCCCGUCCUGGUCGAGGAUGAAAAUGGCUAUGCGUGCAUGCGUGCCCAGGUGCAAGCCAGGAGCCAACAGUAGCUGCUUGAAAUCACAAGUCAACUCUUCAUGCCAAAGAGAUUCAAUCUAUACAAUGUGAGCGGUGAUGCGGCAAGAAUAUUAUUUCACUGGCUCCCGGUAGUUACAUCUACACAAAGAGGCAUGCCAGAUACCACUCUCCAUAGUAACAUCCACACAGAGAGGCAUGCCAGAUAGCACUCUCCAUAGCAAUUCGAAUGGACUACCACCUCCUGCAGACGCAUGUGGCGCUGGGCGAUAUUGCAUGACUGAGCGAUGUCAUGACUGGUAUUGCAAUGCGCACGUCCACUUUCUCUUUGUACAGAUAUUUCAAGCAUGGUGCGCGCACGCGCACGCGUGUGUACAUUUGUGUGUGUGUUUGUGUGUGUGUGUGUGUGUGUGUGUGUGUGUGUGUGUGUGUGUGUGUGUGUGUGUGGUGGAUACCAGGCUAAAAAUAGUGGCGGUCAAUUCAUCAGCCUUGCAAGCUGUUGAAUGGUGUAAUCCCAGCACAAGUUGCUAUGUCUAACAUAGCUGUUCGCUA